CUGCAGGAUGAACCUGAGUUUUCCAAUCAUCCACCUGCUGAGAGUGAAAUGAGUAAGAGAGGUCACACUUGCAGCCGUUCUUUAGAAGCAUUCACUUCAAGUGGUCCUGUUGCACAGCUUCUUUGCCUGAAUCCAAAAAGUUUGCAUCCAAUAUGGAAAGAGCAUCGCCUGCUUUAGAUCUAGAAGAAAACAGCCUAACACACCGUCAGUGUUCAAUUGAGAUUACAAAUAAAUGCUCUCAAUACACACUCUGUAACCCAAGUUACUUCACUGAGAGUGGUAGCUGCGCCGAACCUUUGCCUUAUCGCAUCGACUCGUCUUCAUCAGGCAGUGGACUCUUCAUCAAGACGCCCAACGCUGCUCGCGGAGCCGUCGGCGUCUUCACUUACGAUCUCAUCAACAAAUCUACAGAUGAGUCCACUGGGAAAAUAGCUGUCAUGUUUUCUGUGCCCUAUGAUUUCAACCUCCACUCAAACUGGUACGCAGUGGGAAUCUUUGGUAUGUGGAAAGAGUGCAACUAUGAUCUUUAUUAUCAGAUGUACUACAAUAAUGACAGCACGUUUGUCAGAAGUAAAGCAGGCCACGGGAUCAAACACAGUGACAAAGGAGUCACCAUCAUGGCGACCAUGUCAGACACUCACCAACCUGAGAUGAAGGUGGAAGUGAGGGAUAAUGAUGAAUGAAAUAGGAGAAUUAAAGGAA